AUGGUAGGACGUCAACCGAUACGACACAACGGGCAGCACUGCCCAGGCUGGAAGCAGCUACGAAUAGCAUGGGCAAACGUGGGCAAAGCCUCAGAAUGCCACGACACUAUAUUGUGCCGCGCCUCAGAUGAAAACAUCGACGUGAUAUGCAUCCAGGAGCCAUGGACACUACCAGGAACCGUAACUAAAAAUCAUCCAGGGUACCACAUGCACGCGCCUGUGAUAGCAUGGGAUAGCAGGGAGGAACGUGAGAACGAAAGACCACGGGUGCUUACCUACACCCGCAAGGGCGUUAAUUUAAGGGCC